CUGCGAAACCAAACCACCAAUGGCGGCUUCGGACCGUGGGCGCCAUGGCAACCCUGCAACAACGAUGACGGCGUGGACGGCGUCAGUUCCUGUUUGUGUCGCUCCAGGUCAUGUGACAGCCCGGGGCCUCGAUGUGGCGGCAAAAACUGUGAGGGUUCAACCAUCGAGGUGUCCAACUGCUCCAGAAACGGAGGCUGGACGCCGUGGUCGUCAUGGGGACAGUGCAGCACCACCUGUGGGACGGGCUUCGAGCUGCGUCAGCGAUCCUGUAACAACCCGUCCCCCCGACACGGUGGACGAGUGUGUGUGGGCCCGAGCAGAGACGAGAGGUUCUGUAAUGAAGGCGUCUCCUGCCCUCAGCCCAUCUUCUGGUCCCCGUGGGGCUCCUGGACCAAGUGCAGCACCGAGUGUGGGGGGGGCGUCCACUCCAGGGUCCGCAGCUGUGAGAACGGCAACAGCUGCCCAGGAUGUGCACUGGAGUACAAGGCGUGUAACCUGGAGGCAUGUCCCGAGGUAAAGAGGAACACCCCCUGGACCCCCUGGAUGCCCGUCAACGUGACUCAGGGGGGGGCUCGCCAGGAGCAGAGGAUACGCUACAUGUGCCGCGCUCACCUGUCCGACCCCCACGAGCUGCAGAUCGGACGCAGGAAGGUGGAGACGCGCUUCUGCCCCAACGACGGGACCGCCGCCUGCGAGACAGACACCCUGGUGGAGGAGCUUCUGAAGACUCCUGUGGUGCGAGUGGCUGGUGCCGGCUGGUCGUCAUGGGAGACGUGGUCCAGCUGCUCUCAGAGCUGUGCCAAAGGGUACCGAACCCGCCGGAGGUCGUGCUCCGGGCCGGAGGGGAAGAGCGCGCCCGUGGCCUGCCGAGGGUCUCCGGUCGACUACCAGGACUGUAACGUGCAGGCGUGUCCCGUGAAAGGUGCGUGGUCCUGCUGGUCGUCCUGGUCCCAGUGCUCAGUGGGCUGUGGGGGGGGUCACUACCAGAGGACUCGCUCCUGUAAUAGCCCGGCGCCCGCUAACGGAGGGGAAAUCUGCCUGGGCCUCCACACUGAGGAGGCGCUGUGCAACACACACACCUGCGAUGGUGGCUGGAUGGCCUGGUCGCUGUGGUCCGCCUGCGAUGACUCGGGCCUGCAGAUGAGGAGUCGGGUGUGUGGAGCUCAGGGAAGCUCGCCCUGUUUGGGGAACAGCACUCAGAGAAGAGACUGCAACGAAAUACCCGUCAUUCUCCCUGCAUCUGGUUUUGAUAAGGACCAACACUGUGGAGCGUUCACCUCUAUCCACCUGAUCGCCACUGGAGUUUCCUGUUUCCUGGGGGCGGGGCUUCUGUCCUUCCUGAUCUAUGUCUACUGUCAGCGCUUCCAUAAGCCUUCGCAGGAGUCAGCCGUCAUCCACCCCACCACCCCCAACCACCUCAACUACAAGGGCAACACCACGCCAAAGAACGAGAAGUACACACCCAUGGAGUUCAAGACGCUCAACAAGAACAACCUGCUGCCGGAUGAAAGAUCUAACUUCUUCCCGACGCCGCUCCAACAAACCAACGUCUACACCACCACCUACUAUCCCACGGCACUCGGCAAAUUCGACUACCAGCCAAACUCCUCCCCCUCGCCCUGUAGGACCUACAACCAAAACAACAACAGCUGAGACUCGCCCCUCCAUCUCUCCGAACCCCCCCACCCCACCCCCCACCCCCCCACGCUAACGGACACCACCCCGAACGGUGAUAUAACUGAACCGACGUGAACUGUAACGUUUCUCAGAGCUCGGACAGUUUCCCUCAGUUCGUCACCGCCAUUUUCCUUCGUUCCUAUCGUCUCUUCCGCAUCGUUGGGUUUGUGUCCUCAAGGGCGUUUUUUGGAACUUUCCAUCAGGAGGUGUGGGGGUUCGGAAGAAAAAAAAGGCACUUUUGGGGGUGUUGUGGUAACGGCCUGAGUGGAUAUAGGAGCUCAAAGCUUCACGGGGCGAUUUAGUGGAAAAUUCCACUAGGACGAGUUUUGGCUUGCUCCUCAGCACAGGUGACGAGUUCAAUUCCACGAUUCCACAUGUGAGAAAAACGUACAUUUCCCUGGAUCUGGGUCACCGUUUUUGUACGCCUCUCCAUUACUAACCACAUUCUGGGCCUGUAAUGAACUUUGAGUCCCUCUUCAACACAAGCAGUUACUGAAAACAAACCUAUCCAUAUGUCCAUGCAGAGCGAGAGAACAACAACAAAAGACUCAAACAAGUCGAUGCUGAAAUUAAUUAGAGAUCAAUAUCAACGUGGUUGUUUGGGGCGAACGCACGCCCUCCAUUGUUGGGAUUUCACGUGACGGAGAGAUAAGAACUUCUGAGUUGAUUUUGGACGGUUGUUUGUAAGAGUCACAAUCCUCAAUAACAGUGGAUUCACACGCCCUCUGUGGACAAGGACCUAAAGUCAAAUCAAGGGGGAUUGUGGGAAGUGUACAUAAAGCUUUGGGAUGCCUUGGGUGCCUGUAUGCAAGAGGGCAGGGGCGAGAUUUCUUUCUAUUUCUUCUGUUUCUUUUCCACGAAUAAAGACUUCGAAAAGGGAAUUGAUUGAUUCUCCAAUUGAUUCUCCAAUGGAUGCAUCGAUUCUACUGAGUGCUUAAUAGCCCGGUGGUCAUAUCAAAUAUGGCCAGUGUGCUGAACAACUGGAUUGGGUUUUCUAUGAUUGUAGAAUAAGCUAGUAGACUGGCACUUGUUUUGUUUUUUCUAAAUGUUUGUUUUAUUCUUAGACAAGCUGUAGCAUAGGAGGACAUAUUUUGUUAAGUAAGAUAUAGCUGAUUAAUUCUUGUUUCUCUAAUUUCACAUUCCUUUGUUGUUUCUUGAGUUUUCAUUAGUUUGGUAAGCAUCUUCAAUAUGUGAAAUAAACGAUAAAACAAUACAAAUAUUGACAUGGUUUUUACACAGAAUGACGGUAACAUGAUGUGUGUGUGUGUGUGUGUGUGUGUGUGUGUGUGUGUGUGUGUGUGUGUGUGUGUGUGUGUGUGUGUGUGUGUGUGUGUGUGUGUGUGUGUGUGUGUGUGUGUGUGUGUGUGUGUGUGUGUGUGUGUGUGUGUGUGUGUGUGUGUGUGUGUGUGUGUGGACAGAGGGGUAUUUUGUACAAUGUAAAUGCUUUCAUACAUAUAUGACUAUAUAUAAGGAUGAGGUUUUUUUGUGCAUUUGUUUCCACAUACUGUCGCAGGCAUUCUACUGUGUUUCUAUAUUUCAUACAUGGGAAGCUAGUCAUUGUAAGUUAAAGCAUCACAGGUGGAACUGACACUAUUUAAAGUCAUAGCUUGGGUUAUAAAGGGCAUUUUCACAGCUAUAUUUUAUUAUUAUUAUUAUUGCCUGAUGAUCGAUGAAUGCUAACCCAGCGAUGCUUUUCAGUUCAGCUACUGUACAUGCACGAGAGCUCUAUCUGUAUAUAGACAGCAGGCCCAGUGUAAAACCUGCAGAGGAUCGUGUAAAUGUAUCUGUAUAUUGUAUAGCUAACACUGUUUGUUUAAAAAAAAGCCUUAUAGUUGUUUUAAAAAAAAGUGCAGCAGCUAAGUACACACCAACCAUGAGGUUUGUUUGGGGACAGAGCUCCGAAAUGUGACCUGAAACAGCUGCUCAAAUAUCCAGAAAAAACACAAAUCCACACAGAAGAACUGCGUAGCACUGAUAUAAGGGACAGAAACAAACACUACAGACUGCAAAAAGUCAUAUAUGAUGAUCAAAUUGAAUUAAAAAAAGUCAUUUUGAUCCAAACUAAGCCUCUAUCUGAAAGCGAGUGAUCUGAUUGGUCCUCUGUGAGCUCUAUCUGAAAGCCAGUGAUCUGAUUGGUCCUCUGUGAGCUCUGUCCCCUGCGAUGUGAGGCUCUGUGCCCUUCUAUGCAACUUACCAGGUGUACUGUUAGACCUGUCAUGUAGACUGUAAUCACUGCCUUUUAGACACUGUGAAUUUUUUGGUACCCUAUAUUUUUGUAUAUUGUACAUUAUAAAGGAUAAUAAACCUUGAUGCCAACA